AUCCAGAAUAAUCAAAGAAUUGAGUCAUUUGAAGUUUUGAACAAUUCUUUAAAAGCAAAGAGAACUUGUCUACUACUUCUAUCUAAUCCCUCACCACCAAUAAUUAAAGUAUAAAACCAAACCAUCUCUUCUCGAUCUCAUUCCAUCACGCUAACAAGUAAUGGAGGAUCACAAUACGAUCUCCGAUGACCCGAAAACCCCACUUCUCCCAGUUCACGACCAAAUCCACCGAUCACAGAGCUUUCAUUCAGCUCUGAAAUCCAUCCUCACACCCAAGAACUUCUACGUAGUCUUAGGACCUCUUCUGUGCGCAAUCAUAUGCGUUUUUGUGAAGAUAGAGGGGCCGGUGAGUAGCAGGAACAUGCUGGCAGUGCUGGCUUGGGUUUUCGCUUGGUGGCUGACGGAGGCCGUGCCGAUGCCUAUAACCUCCAUGGCUCCUCUCUUCCUCUUCCCACUUUUCGGAAUCGCUUCGGCUGAUGAUGUUGCUCACUCUUACAUGGACGAUAUCAUAGCUCUUGUUCUCGGCAGCUUCAUUUUGGCCCUAGCUGUUGAGCAUUACAACGUUCACAGAAGACUGGCCUUGAAUAUUACAAUACUCUUCUGCGGGGAUCCACUGAAUCCUCCCCUGCUCCUCCUUGGGAUUUGCGCCACGACAGCGUUUGUGAGCAUGUGGAUGCACAACGUGUCAGCUGCGGUGAUGAUGAUGCCGAUGGCGACCGGAAUCCUGCAUCGUUUUCCGGUGGGUCCGGACCAGUCCGUUGUGUCGAGCAAGUUCUGCAGAGCUGUGGUUCUGGGGGUGACGUACUCUACAGCCAUUGGCGGGAUGAGUACUCUUACGGGGACAGGUGUCAAUCUGAUAUUGGUUGGAAUGUGGAAGAGCUAUUUUCCAGAAGAGGAGCCGAUCAGCUUCAGUACUUGGUUUCUUUUUGGGUUUCCUAUGGCUUUGUUGAUUUUCUUGGCCUUGUGGAUCAUACUUUGCUGCUUGUAUUGCUCCAAAAGUUCAGGCCCUGCUCUCUCUGGUUAUUUGGAUAAAGCCCAUUUGAAGAGGGAGCUUGAAAUGUUAGGUCCAAUGUCUUUUGCUGAGAAGAUGAUAUUGGCCGUGUUUUCGAUGUUGAUAGUUUUGUGGAUGACAAGAAGCAUUACAGACGAGAUUCCCGGCUGGGGAGCCCUCUUCAACGGGCGUGCCGGUGAUGGAACUGCCAGUGUUAUGAUGGCAACAUUGUUGUUCAUUAUUCCUAACAAGAAGCAAAAAGGUGAGAAGUUGAUGGACUGGAACAAAUGCAAGAAGCUACCAUGGAACAUUGUGUUGUUACUAGGUGCUGGUUUCGCCAUAGCUGAUGGGGUUCGAACUAGUGGCCUCGCAGAGAUACUAUCCGAAGCCUUGGAUUUCUUGGAACAAGUCCCCUACUUGGCAAUUGCACCAGCUGUGUGUCUCAUUAGUAGUACCAUCACUGAGUUAAUUACAUCAAACAAUGCCACUACCACACUUGUUAUCCCUCUCCUAAUUCAAAUAGCGAAAAGUAUGAAUGUGCAUCCGCUGCUUCUUAUGAUUCCAGGAGCCGUCGGGGCCCAAUUUGCUUUCUUGCUUCCGACUGGAACCCCUUCGAAUACAGUAGGGUUCACCACUGGCCACAUUGAAAUCAAAGAUAUGAUCAAGGUUGGCUUGCCAUUAAAGAUUGCCGGAACUGCGGUGCUCACACUUUUGAUGCCUACACUAGGAACUUAUGUAUUUGGGACAAAUGAACCAGUUCAAUGAUGCUCUGUUGGGUCUUGGUACAGAGGAGUUAAUGUAUAUAGCUACUAUAGCUACGAGUAUACAGAUACUGAAGAAAAGGAAAGAAGGGGCAAGUGGGCAACAGCUUACAUUGCUUCUCCCACAUUCUCCGUUAUUUUUUGCAUUACUUCAUUGGUUGCACUAUUCUGUGUAUUUUCGAUUUCUCACCUUACAUAUAAUAAUUUCCAAUUUGUUGAGUC